AUGUUCUUCGUUACUACAGGGGUCUUGCCUGCAAAAGUUGUGGUCAGUGCCAUACGCAAUGCCUACCAACUCUACUUCAGCCGUCAUCUGGCCUCUCUUCAAACGGACUACACCAGCAUGAUGUCUACAACGGACUUUAACAGCCUGGUGGAUGUCUCUGCUCCUGUGCCCAGUCGAAUUGAGCUAAACGAACGCUUCUACUUACAGCGACUCCCAGCGACAUUAUCAUGGUCUGUGCAGGCCAACCCCCAGGUCGAGUUUAGCAUCAGUGUAUCCCCAAGUACAACUGACAGAGUCAUUCUGGUCAGUUUUACUCAACCGAGUGUUGAAGUUUUCGAUUACUCAACUCUGCAUGCUGACGUGGCAGACUGGGAAUCGAACUUGGAUGCUGCACUGUCCGAAGAACUUCAACUGGAAGAAUUCCAGGAGUCGUUAACAGAGCUGCAGAGCCAAGACGGACAGCCACUGACCAAUCUCCUAGGAACAGCCAAUGUGGAGUUGACGUCGGAGCGCUGGGUGUUGGUGUACAAGGAAGGUCCGGGAGUCACACAUACAGCGCUUAUUCUGACGGAACUGGACAACCUAGACAUAUCUCAGGGUCUGACAGGGGUCUUGCCUGGCGAGCUUCAAGUCAGCGUCAUACGCAAGAUCUUCCAACUCUACUUCAGCCGUCAUCUGGCCUCUCUUCAAACGGACUACACCAGCAUGAUGUCUACAACGGACUUUACCAGCCUGGUGGAUGUCUCUGCUCCUGUGCCCAGUCGGAUUGAGCUAAACGAACGCUUCUACUUACAACGACUCCCAGCGACAUUAUCAUGGUCUGUGCAGGCCAACCCCCAGGUCGAGUUUAGCAUCAGUGUAUCUCCAAGUACAACUGACAGAGUCAUUCUGGUCAGCUUUACUCAACCGAGCGUCGAAGUAUUUGAUUAUGCGGCUAUACGAACUGACGUAACAGCCUGGGAAUCGAACUUGGAUGCUGCACUGUCCGAAGAACUCCAGCUGGAACAGUUCCAGGUGUCACUAACAGAGCUGCAGAGCCAAGACGGAGUGCCACUGGUCAAUCUUAUUGCAACAGCCAAUGUGAGAUUGAAGGCGGAGCGCUGGGUGUUGGUGUACCAGGAAGGUCCGGGCGUCAUACAUACAGCGCUUAUUCUGACGGAGCUGGAGGAUCUUGAUAUAACACAGGGUCUGACAGCAGGGGCCUUGCCUAUGGAUGUUCAGGUCAGCGUCAUACGCGCGACCUUCCAACUCUACUUCAGCCGUCAUCUGGCCUCUCUUCAAACGGACUACACCAGCAUGAUGUCUACAACGGACUUUACCAGCCUGGUGGAUGUCUCUGCUCCUGUGCCCAGUCGGAUUGAGCUAAACGAACGCUUCUACUUACAACGACUCCCAGCGACAUUAUCAUGGUCUGUGCAGGCCAACCCCCAGGUCGAGUUUAGCAUCAGUUUAUCUCCAAGUACAACUGACAGGGUCAUUCUUGUCAGCUUUACUCAGCCGAGUGUCGAAGUGUUUGAUUAUGCUGCUAUGAGCGCUGACGUAACGGCCUGGGAAUCGAACUUGGAUGCUGCCCUUUCCGAAGAAAUUCAGAUGGAACAAUUCCAGGUGUCGCUAACAGAGCUGCAGAGCCAAGACGGAGUGCCACUGGCCAAUCUUGCAAGAACAGCCAAUGUGAGGUUGAAGGCCGAGCGCUGGGUGUUGGUGUACCAGGAAGGUCCGGGCGUCACACAUACAGCACUUAUUCUGACGGAGCUGGAGGAUCUGGAUAUAACCCAGGGUCUGACAGCAGGGGCCUUGCCUAUGGAUGUUCAGGUCAGCGUCAUACGUGCGACGUUCCAACUCUUCUUCAGCCGUCAUCUGGCCUCUCUUCAAACGGACUACACCAGCCUGAUGUCUACAACGGACUUUAACAGCCUGGUGGAUGUCUCUGCUCCUGUGCCAAACCGGAUUGAGCUAAACGAACGCUUCUACUUACAACGACUCCCAGCGACAUUAUCAUGGUCUGUGCAGGCCAACCCCCAGGUCGAGUUUAGCAUCAGUGUAUCUCCAAGUACAACUGACAGAGUCAUUCUGGUCAGUUUUACUCAGCCGACUGUCGAAGUGUUUGAUUACACAGCUAUGAGCGCUGACGUAACGGCCUGGGAAUCGAACUUGGAUGCUGCACUGUCCGAAGAACUCCAGUUCGAACAAUUCCAGGUGUCGCUAACAGAGCUGCAGAGCCAAGACGGAUUGCCACUGACCAAUCUUGCAAGAACAGCCAGUAUGAGGUUGAAGGCGGAGCGCUGGGUGUUGGUGUACCAGGAAGGUCCGGGCGUCACACAUACAGCGCUGAUUCUGGCUGAGCUGGAGAACCUAUUUAUAACUCAGGGCCUGACAGGGGCAUUGCCUACAAAUGUCCAAGUCAGCGUCAUCCGUGCGACCUUCCAACUCUACUUCAGCCGUCAUCUGGCCUCUCUUCAAACGGACUACACCAGCAUGAUGUCUACAACGGACUUUACCAGCCUGGUGGAUGUCUCUGCUCCUGUGCCCAGUCGGAUUGAGCUAAACGAACGCUUCUACUUACAACAACUCCCAGCGACAUUAUCAUGGUCUGUGCAGGCCAACCCCCAGGUCGAGUUUAGCAUCAGUUUAUCUCCAAGUACAACUGACAGGGUCAUUCUGGUCAGCUUUACUCAACCGAGCGUCGAAGUAUUUGAUUAUGCGGCUAUACGAACUGACGUAACAGCCUGGGAAUCGAACUUGGAUGCUGCACUGUCCGAAGAACUCCAGCUGGAACAGUUCCAGGUGUCACUAACAGAGCUGCAGAGCCAAGACGGAGUGCCACUGGCCAAUCUUAUUGCAACAGCCAAUGUGAGAUUGAAGGCGGAGCGCUGGGUGUUGGUGUACCAGGAAGGUCCGGGCGUCAUACAUACAGCGCUUAUUCUGACGGAGCUGGAGGAUCUUGAUAUAACACAGGGUCUGACAGCAGGGGCAUUGCCUAUGGAUGUUCAGGUCAGCGUCAUACGUGCGACCUUCCAACUCUACUUCAGCCGUCAUCUGGCCUCUCUUCAAACGGACUACACCAGCAUGAUGUCUACAACGGACUUUACCAGCCUGGUGGAUGUCUCUGCUCCUGUGCCCAGUCGGAUUGAGCUAAACGAACGCUUCUACUUACAACGACUCCCAGCGACAUUAUCAUGGUCUGUGCAGGCCAACCCCCAGGUCGAGUUUAGCAUCAGUUUAUCUCCAAGUACAACUGACAGUGUCAUUCUGGUCAGCUUUACUCAGCCGAGUGUCGAAGUGUUUGAUUAUGCUGCUAUGAGCGCUGACGUAACGGCCUGGGAAUCGAACUCGGAUGCUGCCCUUUCCGAAGAAAUUCAGAUGGAACAAUUCCAGGUGUCGCUAACAGAGCUGCAGAGCCAAGACGGAGUGCCACUGGCCAAUCUUGCAAGAACAGCCAAUGUGAGGUUGAAGGCCGAGCGCUGGGUGUUGGUGUACCAGGAAGGUCCGGGCGUCACACAUACAGCACUUAUUCUGACGGAGCUGGAGGAUCUGGAUAUAACCCAGGGUCUGACAGCAGGGGCCUUGGCUGUGGAUCUUCAGGUCAGCGUCAUACGCGCGACCUUCCAACUCUACUUCAGCCGUCAUCUGGCCUCUCUUCAAACGGACUACACCAGCAUGAUGUCUACAACGGACUUUAACAGCCUGGUGGAUGUCUCUGCUCCUGUGCCAAGUCGGAUUGAGCUAAACGAACGCUUCUACUUACAACGACUCCCAGCGACAUUAUCAUGGUCUGUGCAGGCCAACCCCCAGGUCGAGUUUAGCAUCAGUGUAUCUCCAAGUACAACUGACAGAGUCAUUCUGGUCAGUUUUACUCAACCGAGUGUCGAAGUUUUCGAUUACACGUCUAUGCGUGCUGACGUAACGGCCUGGGAAUCGAACUUGGAUGCUGCACUGUCUGAAGAACUCCAGCUGGAACAGUUCCAGGUGUCGCUAACGGAGCUGCAGAGCCAAGACGGAGUGCCACUGGUCAAUCUUAUUGCAACAGCCAAUGUGAGGUUGAAGGCGGAGCGCUGGGUGUUGGUGUACCAGGAAGGUCCGGGCGUCAUACAUACAGCGCUUAUUCUAACGGAGCUGGAGGAUCUUGAUAUAACACAGGGUCUGACAGCAGGGGCAUUGCCUAUGGAUAUUCAGGUCAGCGUCAUACGUGCGACCUUCCAACUCUUCUUCAGCCGUCAUCUGGCCUCUCUUCAAACGGACUACACCAGCAUGAUGUCUACAACGGACUUUAACAGCCUGGUGGAUGUCUCUGCUCCUGUGCCCAGUCGGAUCGAGCUAAAUGAACGCUUCUACUUACAACGACUCCCAGCGACAUUAUCAUGGUCUGUGCAGGCCAACCCCCAGGUCGAGUUUAGUAUCAGUGUAUCCCCAAGUACAACUGACAGAGUCAUUCUGGUCAGUUUUACUCAACCGACCGUCGAAGUUUUCGAUUACACGGUUAUGCGUGCUGACGUAACGGCCUGGGAAUCGAACUUGGAUGCUGCACUGUCAGAAGAACUCCAGCUCGAACAAUUCCAGGUGUCACUAACAGAGCUGCAGAGCCAAGACGGAGUGCCACUGGUCAAUCUUAUAGCAACAGCCAAUGUGAGAUUGAAGGCGGAGCGCUGGGUGUUGGUGUACCAGGAAGGUCCAGGUGUCACACAUACAGCCCUUAUUCUGACGGAGCUGGAGAAUCUGGAUAUAACACAGGGUCUAACAGCAGGGGUCUUGGCUGUAGAUGUUCAGGUCAGCGUCAUACGCGCGACCUUCCAACUCUACUUCAGCCGUCAUCUGGCCUCUCUUCAAACGGACUACACCAGCAUGAUGUCUACAACGGACUUUAACAGCCUGGUGGAUGUCUCUGCUCCUGUGCCCAGUCGGAUCGAGCUAAACGAACGCUUCUACUUACAACGACUCCCAGCGACAUUAUCAUGGUCUGUGCAGGCCAACCCCCAGGUCGAGUUUAGCAUCAGUGUAUCCCCAAGUACAACUGACAGAGUCAUUCUGGUCAGUUUUACUCAGCCGAGUGUCGAAGUGUUUGAUUAUGCUGCUAUGAGCGCUGACGUAACGGCCUGGGAAUCGAACUUGGAUGCUGCCCUUUCCGAAGAAAUUCAGAUGGAACAAUUCCAGGUGUCGCUAACAGAGCUGCAGAGCCAAGACGGAGUGCCACUGGCCAAUCUUGCAAGAACAGCCAAUAUGAGGUUGAAGGCCGAGCGCUGGGUGUUGGUGUACCAGGAAGGUCCGGGCGUCACACAUACAGCGCUGAUUUUGACGGAGCUGGAGGAAGUUGAUAUAACCGAGGGUCUCACGGUGUUCGAUUACACGGCUAUGAGCGCUGACGUAACGGUCUGGGAAUUGAACUUGGACGCUCCACUGUCCGAAGAACUCCAGCUCGAAGAUUUUGACCUGUCGCUAACAGAGCUUCAGAGCCAAGACGGAGUGCCACUGGCCAAUCUUAUAGCAACAGCCAAUGUGAGAUUGAAGUCGGAGCGCUGGGUGCUGGUGUACCAGGAAGGUCCAGGUGUCACACAUACAGGGUUUUUGCUGACGCAGCUUGAAAAUCUCGACAUAACCCAGGGUCUAAUAGGCCGUGCCCCCGGCCAUUGCUGGGAUCCCGGUGUGCCUACCAAUGGGAACAGGGAUAACAACAGCACGAGCUUUGCGCCUGGACAGACCGUCAGGUACACCUGUAUGGCCGGGUACCAGCUGUGGGGAGCUGCCAACAUCACCUGCCAGUCUGACGGGACGUGGAGCGAUGCUACACCAACUUGUGAAGGUUGUCCCACUGGUUACACCGCAUACGGAGGUUCAUGCUUCAAGGCGAACAGCCAAGAGACAACCUACAGCCAUGCCAGGGAAAUGUGUGCAGCGGACGGAGGGAUUCUGGCCAUGCCUAAAGACGCAGGCGUGGACAGCUUCCUAAGGGGACUGAAGAACGUCUUGGAUGCCAUCUCACGUUUCUGGAUCGGCCUGAGCGAUCAGAACGACGAGGGUGAGUGGAUGUGGGAAGACGGGACUACACACGACACCAUCGGGGACUGGAGCAACUGGCAGCUGGGGGAACCUAACGAUAACCAGGGAGGAGAAGACUGUGCGAACUACGGUGGUUCCGGAUGGAAUGACGCACCGUGCUCCUCUGCGUACAAGUUCAUCUGCCAACUGAAAGAAGGGGUCAGCUGCUCUCUGGGAUACUUCCGCUGUGGCCACGGCCGUGCAUGUAUCCUGUCAUGGAAGCGCUGUGACGGGAUCACGGACUGUACGGACGAGAGUGAUGAGACGGGCUGUGACUGCCAGCUAGUACCCGAGGAGUUUUAUUUCGACAUCAGACUGGCCAUGCUGCCGAAUCAGCUGGGCCAGACGACGUUUGAGGAGAUCCAGAACUCCUCUGUGGUGGAGCUGCUCAACAGUUCGUACAGCAGCUCCGGAAACUACCACCCGGAGUUACGCAAAUUCGCAUCGGUGAUCAUUUUCCCGGAGUGUAACGUCACCAUAGAGAACAAGACCGAUUGCUAUGCGUCUCCAAAUGCAACCAACACCACUUCAUGCACUGGUACACAACUGGUGCCAUGCCGCUCGUGGUGUGAGGAGGUGCUGAACACUGCUGCUGACUGGAUGAAGGACCUGCUGCCUCGGUGUGACUUGUUUCCGUCAUCCAGACACAGUUGUUCGAACCCCAAUGCGGCUAAGAAGGGAAACGAAGUUUGCUAUCAUGGUAUCGGCAUGAAUUACCGUGGUACAUGGAGUAAAACUACAUCCGGGGCAAACUGUGUGGAGUGGUCCGCUGCGCAAGCCGGUUACUACAAGACAGAGUACCCCUGGGCUAACCUGGAUAACAACUACUGCCGCAACCCGACUGGGCUCGAUCGGCCAUUUUGUUUGACAGAAGACGGUAGCCAGGAGGAAUGUGACGUCAUUCCGUGCGGUGCGGAAGGCUGCUGGGACAGAGGUCCUCCAAACUACGGCAAGAGAAGCCCAGCCAAGAGGUUCUAUAACGUAGGAGAAAGAGUCACGUACACGUGCAACGAAGGCUACACACUGAAGUCCGGUUACACCAGGGAAGUGAGGUGCAUUGGAGAGGGUGUCUGGCAGUAUGACAAGCCUAGCUGUUCAGUAAACCAUCGACGAAGGCUGCAAGAGGAGCUACUGGAGAUUUACAGUGCCAGUCUUGCACCUGAGAAUGUCGUCAUCAACUUCACUGGAGCUGUGGAACAGAUAGUCGACUUGGAUGAAAAGAAGGAGCAGCUGGUUGCAUCUGUCGCCAUCGACUUCACAUGGGAAGACAGCAGACUGAGUUGGGAUCCAAAAUACUACGAUGACAUUACUACACUCACCAUUCCGGGCGACAGAAUCUGGACUCCAACAAUGACACUGAAGAGGAAUGCUAAUACAGACCAGAAAAGCCUACACAAUGAUGUCCCGAUCCGAGUGAGCAGCAAAGGCCGGGUAGCCUGGAGUGUGGGAACCCUGACCACCACCGUGUGUGAUGCAGACCCCUUCUACUUUCCCGCAGACACCAUGGAAUGUCACGUCUGCUUUUCUGCGAUUGCAGCAGUGGAGCAAACCAUUUACUGCCAAGCAGGAGCUGAUAAGGGAAAGACCCUGUGCAACUACUAUACUGAUGAACGAACGGAGGGCGAAUGGUACAGAAAGGAUAAGAUCUUCGCAGAAGACAACAGGGAAGCUUGCUUUGUUGUUCAUCUAAAGAGGAUACCUCUGUUCCACAUCGCCACCACAGUUGGACCCUGCAUCAUCCUGGUUGUGUUGAUGAUUAUCACAUUCGUCAUGCCCCUGGACAGGGGAGACCGGAUUUCGUUCGGAGUGACUAUUCUGCUCUCCAUGGUCGUGUCUCUUGUGUUUGUCACAGACGUUCUUCCUGUCAAGGGGGCUUUGCCAUUUUUCGCUACGCUGAUCAUCGUGUGCAUGGGGCUGAUGGGAGUUUUCCUCUUCUUCACCAUGGCCAUUAUCGUUAUUCACGACAAGGAGGGCAGCCUGUCUCCGACGGCGAAGGUUAUUUUUCUUCGACACAUUGCAAAGAUUAUGCUGUUGGGAGACCUGACAGAAGAGGAGACUGAUGACGAAGAGACCGUCCUUCCCAACGUCACUGCCAUACAGCUGACCAACUACGCCUUUCAAGCCGACGACAAGGCGGCGAUCAAGGACGAAAAACCCGCCGACGAUGACGACACGACCGGACAGCUGGUAAGUGUGGAAGAUGCCGGGAUGUUCCAUCUGAUCUCUGGUGUUAGGGGGGUUGAGAACGGAAUCAAGAAGCUGACCGAGGCGAUCAACAACGAGACAGAGGAGCUGACCAAGGCCCUGAAGAAUGAGGAGGAGGUUUCUGACUACACCCUGUUGGCUAAGGUGCUGGACAGGCUUAGUCUUGUGCUGUACAUUCUCAGCAUCACGGUAGCUGCUCCCAUGACCAUGUAUUUGGCCAAGUAAAGACCGGCAUCAACUUUGACAAAAGAAAGCUUGGUAGAAAACAUGCAUAUGGCAUGAAACAAGGG